AUGGCGGCGGCGGCGCUGCGGGCAGGCUGGUGCCGCUGCCCGCGGAGAUGUGUUGGCAGUGGUGUCCAUCUCCUGUCCAGCCACAAUCUAGUGCCACUGCCCCAUGGUACCUACCAGCUGCCCCGGCCUAGUGGAGAGCUGACCCUGUCCAAAUCCUAUUCUUCUGGAAGCAGAAAAGGCUUUCUCUCCGGCUUGCUCGAUAACAUCAAACAGGAAUUAGCCAAAAACAAAGAAAUGAAAGAAAGUAUAAAAAAGUUCCGAGACGAGGCCAAGAAGCUGGAAGAGUCAGAUGCGCUCCAGGAAGCCAGGAGGAAAUACAGAACCAUUGAAUCGGAAACCCUGCGGACAAGUGAGGUGAUCAGGAAGAAGCUGGGGGAGAUCACGGGCACCGUCAAGGAGAGUCUUGACGAAGUCAGUAAAAGUGACCUUGGCCGGAAAAUCAAGGAAGGUGUGGAAGAAGCAGCCAAGACCGCCAAGCAGUCUGCCGAGUCAGUGUCCAAAGGCGGGGAGAAGCUUGGCCGGACCGCUGCCUUCAAAGCCCUCUCCCAGGGCGUGGAGUCUGUCAAGAAGGAGAUCGAUGAGAGCGUCCUAGGACAGACCGGGCCCUAUCGGCGGCCUGAGCGGCUCCGGAAAAGGAAGGAGUUCGCCGGAGAGAAAUUCAAGGAAGAGAAAGUGUUUGAGGCCAAUGAAGAGGCGCUGGGGGUCGUGCUGCACAAGGAUUCCAAGUGGUACCAGCAGUGGAAGGACUUCAGGGACAACAAUGUGGUGUUCAAUCGGUUCUUCGAGAUGAAGAUGAAGUAUGAUGAGAGCGACAACGCCUUCAUCCGGGCGUCCCGUGUGCUGACAGACAAGGUCACGGACUUGCUGGGGGGCCUGUUCUCGAAGACCGAGAUGUCAGAGGUGCUCACAGAGAUCCUGCGUGUGGACCCCGCCUUUGACAAGGACCGCUUCCUGCAGCAGUGCGAGAAUGACAUCAUCCCCAACGUCCUGGAGGCCAUGAUUUCUGGGGAACUCGACAUUCUCAAAGACUGGUGCUAUGAAGCUACCUAUAGCCAGCUGGCCCACCCGAUCCAGCAGGCCAAGGCUCUGGGCCUCCAGUUCCACUCCCGCGUCCUGGACAUUGACAACAUCGAUCUGGCCAUGGGCAAGAUGAUGGAGCAGGGGCCCGUGCUGAUCAUCACCUUCCAGGCCCAGAUGGUGAUGGUGAUCAAGAACCCCAAAGGGGAGGUGGUCGAGGGCGACCCGGACAAGGUACUGCGAAUGCUGUAUGUGUGGGCGCUCUGCCGAGACCAGGAUGAGCUGAACCCCUACGCGGCCUGGAGACUCCUGGACAUUUCGGCCUCCAGCACAGAGCAGGUCCUCUGA